GCGCGCUCCCCCGUAGGCAGCUUUUCGUUUUCAGAGAUUUAUUGGACUGCAACAGAUGAUGUCCCUGUCCCCUGAUUUUUCCCCCUGCUGUACAAAAUGAUGUUUAGAAGAAAACCUCUGGCACCUGCAGCAUUGAUGAUACUUGUGAUGAAUGUCUGCACAGGACACAGCCUCACAUGUCUUCGAGGAGAGUAUCAGACAGGGAAUGAAUGCUGCCCUGUUUGUCCUGCUGGAAGUCGAGUUAAAACAGAUUGUACAGAUUUCAUACGGACUUCCUGUCUGCCCUGCACUGAGGGAACCUUCAUGAAUCAGCAGACUGGACGACCAGAGUGUUUUCUUUGUUCAACCUGUGAUGCAGGUUCUGGUUUGAAGAUAAAUACGUCAUGUACAACAACAUCAGAUGCAGUUUGUGAACCACUGGAGGGAUUCUAUUGUCUGGACUCUACAGGGAACGGCUGCAGGGCAGCACAGAGACACACAAGCUGUCAACCAGGACAAUACAUCAGCCAGAAAGGAACAGCAUUCACAGACACAAAGUGCUCUGACUGCAGCGUUGGAACAUUUUCAGAUGGGACAUUUACGUCCUGUCAGCCGCACACACAAUGUGAAUCAAUAAACCUGAAAGCAGGAACUGCUUCAACCGAUGCUGAAUGUGGAGAACAAAGUUCAGACAGGACAGGAGUUGUGAUCGGUGCUGCUGUUGGGGGGAUUCUUUGUUUAUUAAUUGUAAUACUUGCUUUUUGCUAUGUCAAAAAGAAGAAAGGACGUCUAAACACAGAAGACAUUCCACAACUGGAACGUUUUAUUACAAGAAGAAAACCAGAUGCAAACAAUCCCCAACAGAACAGAAACGUGAAUGGAGAAGAAAUACCAGGUGAAUGUCCUGCACACGGCGCUACAAGCUGAACACUCUACAGAAGUGCUGGUCUACAGUCUGGAUCAUUAUCUCAAACAUAUGUUACUGUACAGAGACUGAAGUCAGCCUGGAAUAACAACGUGGAGCAAGCUGCAGACUUCCAGUCAAUCAUCUUCAUGUGACUGUACAUGUAGGCUUCUUUCUUCUUCUGUGGUGGUCACAGAGCUUACGGCUGGAUCUGAACACAGACAGACUGAAACUGGACUUCAUCUGUCAUAAACCAGAACAAAGAGCUGGAACAGAAGAAAGAUUCAAUCUGAACUACAACAUGAUGGACAAAUGGUGACUGAUAAAAGCAGGGAAGCUGGAUAGUCUGCAGGUACAGCUCCAGGUGGGUACAGGUGAAGAACCAAAGCAGCGUGUGGUAGGAGGAGAGGUAGUCCACAUGCCAAAAUUUUUUGUGGAACUUGAACUCCUGGAAGCCUGUUUUUAACAAGGCGUUAAAUGGAAAUCCAGUCGGAUGUUGUGAUGGAGCCAGUGUGGAUUUGUGCAUUUUAUAUCAAAUAAAUUUGGAGAUCCCAAAGUCUUUCUCUCUCCCUGAGAGAAAGAAAGGAGGGGGUUUGAGAUAUCAACCCUCAACAGACAGCUGAAGCAACCAAAGGAGGAGGUGAAAGGUUUGCUUUCCCUAAGGGCUGUUUCUGGGCAGUUCGAUCAUAAAACUGGUCACCUUUUGGCAGCAGCCGAGACAAGGCUCUGUGCCUGACUGUUAAAAUGACAAAGAAACACUAAUCAGAC